GGUUGACUAGCUGUUGAGUUUGGAGAUAUACAUAUAUAGGAUUGGUCAGAGCACAAGUAAUCACGACAUCCUCCUCCUCUCUUCUCCAAGUUUUCAGAGUUUCCCCAGCAGUAAUAUCAAAUGGUGUUCUGUGGACUCUUCUCUCCUCUCAUGAAUUGCAUCAAACCAAGUCCUAACAAGAACGAUUCCCCGGUCCGAACAAAUAUGCGGUCCAAAUACUCAUCAGACCUCAAGUAUUACACAUCCGCUUGUCAACAAGACACUGACCUCAAGACCUUUGAUUCCUCCCUACACCAGAGAACAAAUAGUGUAAUGGAGUUGCUGGCUGAUCAGGCCAAGUCGUCUCAGUCAAUAUCCCAAGGCUCACUCAUGGAGGUCUACGAGUUCAUGCUUGACCUCAACCGAGACGUAGUAAAGGAGAUCAUCGAAAGCAGAGAAGAUGUCAGGAACAGCAAAGACCUGACUUCUCUGGUCGAUGUCUACUUUAAAAACACCUCCAAGACCUUAGAUUUCUGCAACACCGUCCAGAACUGCGUCAAGGUAGCAGAAAAUAGCCAGCUAAUCAUUCGAUACGCGGUGAAGCAGUUCGAGGCUGAAUCUGUGGACGACACGGAUAAUAAGAAGAACAAGUACGCAAAAACACUGGAGGAGCUGAAUAAGUUUAAAGCCGUGGGAGAUCCUUUCGACGGAGUGUUCUUGACUCAGUACGAGUCGGUGUACGAGGAGCAGGUUCUGCUUCUUGAGGAGUUGGAUAAGCUGAAAUCAAAGCUCGACAAGAAACAGAGGAAUCUAAAGACGUGGAGGAGACUCUCCAAUGUGGUUUUCAUAACUGCGUACGUCUCCGUUCUUCUCUUAUCGGUGGCUGCAGCGGCGUUGAGCGCGCCUAUAGUGUUGGCCGCGGUUAUCGCUGGAUUGACAUCACCGGUCGAGGCUGUCGGAAAAUGGUGUAACGAGAUGUGGAAGAAGUACGAGGAGGCUGCCAAGAGACAGAGGGGAUUGGUCUCGGUGUUGGGGACUGGAGCGAGAGUUAAUAAAAUAGUGACGGACAGCAUAAAACUGGAAGUAGAUGAUCUGAGAGUUAAGAUAUCUUCUAUACUGCGGACUAUUGAUUUUGCCGUGGAGAGAGGAGGAGGAGAAGAUGAGUUGGCGACGAGACUUGCGAUGCAAGAAAUCAAGAAGAAAGUAGAAGAGCUUACGGAGAAAAUCAAGGAAGUUGGUCAACACACGGAUACGUUCAGCAAAUUCAUUUCUUCGGAGAGACGUUUCGUUCUGCAGCACAUCCUCAGCUUACCCGCCAACUCUUUCUCAUUCUCAUAAAAAGGGUUCUUGCAAAAGAUGUAGCACAUCAAUGGGCGAUUAAAGUUGUUGAGCAGGUUGUUCACUACUCGGGCUCUUUAGUUGGGCUUCUAUUAUCUGUUAUGGGCUUUUAUGUUCGGCUUUUAAGAUCCAUAUAAGUUAUCUAUUUGAAUGGGCUCAUUUUAAAAUGAAAAACAUUAAAUUA